CAGGAGUUUUGCCGCUCUUUCUCUCUUGAGGAGGGGUUUUGCUCAUUCAUCUCCCUCCCCCCAAAAUCCUGUAAAUUAAGCAGAUUUGCAGCAAAAAUCACAAUUCCGAGCUUUGCAAAGACACUUCUAUGGCUUCCAGUUCCACUUCUCUGCACGUCAUCGACGACGACGAUGAAUUUGAUUGGGAAGCAGCUGCGCAAGAAAUUGAUGUGGCAUGCCAGGCAACUGCCGCUGAAAAACCCACCUCCAUUUCUAAUAUUCGUUCUAAUUUGAAGUGUAAUUUAGAAUACCCACCACAAGAAAUGCGCAAAAAAGGAAAAAUUGAUGUUAACUUUAAUUCACUUUCUUCAACUAGGCAAUCUACAUUAGAUAGAUUUAUUGGGGUUUCUUCUAGCAAUUCUGACAAGUUUAUGGGAAAGGUGGAAUUUUCAGAACCGGUUGACGGAAAUAUUAGUAACAGCAAUAUUAUUGACGAUAAGGGUGAUGGUACUGGUGCUGACUUUGAAGAUGUUGAGAUGCUUAAUGGAUUCAUCAAGAUUGAUACUGAUGCUGCCAAGACUUGGAUUUACCCAGUGAAUGUCCCUCGUCGUGAUUAUCAAUUCUCUAUCACCAGGACUGCACUAUUUUCCAAUACUUUAGUUGUAUUGCCAACAGGACUUGGAAAAACUCUUAUUGCUGCAGCCGUCAUGUAUAAUUUUUUCAGAUGGUUUCCUGAAGGUAAAAUUGUUUUUGCUGCUCCUUCUAGGCCACUUGUCAUGCAACAAAUUGAAGCUUGUCAUAAAAUUGUUGGAAUUCCACAAGAGUGGACCAUUGAUCUGACAGGCCAGACGAAUCCCACCAGAAGAGCAGAUUUUUGGAAAAACAAAAGAGUAUUUUUUGUUACCCCACAAGUGUUAGAGAAGGAUAUACAAUCUGGCUCAUGUUUGGUGAAGCAUCUCGUUUGCUUGGUAAUUGAUGAGGCGCAUCGUGCUAUGGGAAACUAUUCCUACUGUGUAGCAGUCCGUGAGUUGAUGGAUACGCCUGUUCAACUAAGAAUAUUAGCAUUGACUGCGACACCAGGAUGUAAACAGCAGACAAUCCAGCAUAUAAUCGACAAUCUUCAAAUAUCUACACUUGAAUACAGAAAUGAAACUGAUCCUGAUGUACUUCCUUAUGUGAAUGAGAGAAAGAUAGAAUUGAUUGAGGUUGCUAUGGGUGUUGAAGCUGUUGAAAUAAAUAAUCUGCUUCUGGAAGUAGUACGUCCAUUCGUCGGCCGUCUCUGUGCAUUUGGAGUGCUACAGAAGAGAGAUUUCCAGACAUUAAGCCCCUGCGAUUUGCUUAAUUCAAGGGACAAAUUUCGCCAAGAGCCUCCUAUGGGCCUUCAUCAUACAAAGUACGGAGAAAUUGAAGGUUAUUUUGGAGUUCUGAUAACAUUGUACCAUGUCCGGAAGUUGCUUUCAAGCCAUGGAAUAAGACCUGCAUUUGAGAUGCUUGAUGAAAAAUUGAAACAAGGGUCAUUUGCACGAUUAAUGAGCAGAAAUGAAGUACUCUUGAAAGCAAAACUUCUAAUGCAGCAAACUCUCUCCCAUGGGGCCCCCAGUCCCAAAUUGGCAAAAUUGCUAGAAGUACUGAUUGACCAUUUCAAAGUUAAAGAUCCACAAAACUCCAGGGUCAUCAUCUUUUCAAAUUUUAGGGGUAGUGUCAGGGACAUACUUAAUGCACUGACAAAUAUUGGUGAGUUUGUUAAAGCUACAGAGUUCAUUGGACAAAGCUCAGGAAAAACCUUAAAGGGACAAUCACAGAAAGUUCAACAGGCAGUUUUACAGAAAUUUCGGACAGGUGGAUACAAUGUCAUUGUUGCAACAUCAAUUGGUGAAGAAGGUCUAGAUAUUAUGGAAGUUGAUCUUGUUGUAUGCUUUGAUGCUAAUGUCUCACCUUUGAGAAUGAUUCAGCGCAUGGGGAGGACUGGAAGGAAGCAUGAAGGACGAGUUGUAGUUUUAGCAUGUGAAGGGUCAGAGUUGAAGGGUUACAUGCGAAAGCAAGCAAAUAGCAAGGCUAUUAAGAAACAUAUGAGAAAUGGUGGACUAAAUAGCUUUAACUUCCAUUCUAGUCCAAGGAUGGUUCCCCAUUUUCUCAAACCAGAAGUGCAAUUUCUUGAGAUGUCAAUUGAAGAAUUUGUUCCUCGUGGAAAGAAAGUGAAAGAUGAUAACCCUGUCUCGCUGCCUGCAUACAAAACCAAGCUAACCGUUGCAGAGACAGAUCUACUCGCCAAGUAUUUUGCCUCUGCUGGAGAAAUUGCUUGGAGACCAUCUCUUAUUGCCUUUCCUCACUUCCAGGCAUUUCCUUCCCGUGUAAAUAAAGUGGUACAUUCAUCUAGAACCGGGAUGCUAAUAGACAUGAUGCAAUAUUUGCAAGGCUUAACAUUUUCCGAAGACAACAAGAUUCUUUUGGCAGAGGACGAAGAUAUUUCUGAUCCUUGCCCGAGAGCUGAAGCAGUGCAGCCUUAUUGUGAAAUAAAAGAAGGUUCAGAGCGGUCUAGUGAUACUGAAGAGAAACUGAAAACCGAAGAACUGGAAAUUGAUAGAGAACUUCAGAAGAUUGAUAAGGAUAUGCGCAUCGAAGACUUCCACAAACAAAAAGCUUGCCUGCAUACCUUCCUGUUCGUUUCAGAGUUUGUAUCGGUUGAUGAUAAUGGAAACGUCCUGGUUUUAUCAUUACCACAACUGGCUGUGGAAUCUAAUUCGAAACAUAUGGAUGGUAGCAGUAUGGCUUCUGUAUGCCAUUUGAUGCCCGAGUCUGAAGAUCAUGAAGAGAAUACUGUGCAAGCUAAAGAUAAUCCUUCUUCACAUUUACCAGAAGUUCAGAUUUUGGUUGAUUCUAGGCUAUGCAACACUGACAUGCAAAAUGGGAAACUCUUGUCUGGGGCGGAGGAAAUUUUUUACACCCCAGUUUCCGACAAAAUGCCCAAAGAGAUGGAUCUCUAUGGUGAGGAUCCUAAUAUCGUGCAUGAUAGGAAGCUAAUGCCGUUGGCUGAUGAGCCAAGCAAAGAUUUUGAAGAUUCUGUGCUUAGUCCAAGACUGAAUAAUUUAAUCAAAAGUGGAAUUGUUCCAGAAUCUCCUGUAAAUGAUUCUGGAACAUGGAAUGGUGACAGAGGUGGUGAUUUCACAGGUCCUGCUUUUGUUUCCUCCCCUAAUUUGCAGAGUGAGGUCUUCAUAAAUUCUUCGAAACAGGAUGGAAAGGCACUUCAAGAUGACAGUUUGAAGAAAAUGGAGGUCCCGUGUUCCAGUGAUAACGAAAUGCAAACACCUGAACUUCAGUGGAAGAAUAAUGCACCAAAAACAUGCACAUCACCUAUUCCAGUUGCUGAAGAAAUGCAAACUCCUUUUGCUAGAUUGUCGGAGGCAAGCACCAGCAAAGACUGGCUUUUGGAUUCUGGAGUAAAGCCUGAAACAGUUCACCAGCAGUGCAAAUUCAGAAGGUUGCGCAAGCAUGGAGAUUUCAACAGGAAAAUUCCUCCAGAACCCAAGGAACAAGCUGAGCCAAGUAGAAAACAUAGAACUUCUAGGCGGACUGACUAUCAUACUGCCACUAAACUUUUCAAAGGUGAGGAGAAGCGAGCAAAAGAUGUCACAAUUUACAUUGAAGAAGAAGCAGAGGUAUCUUCAGAAGCUAUGGCAUCUAAUGAUGAGGAAGAUGACCAGGAUAACAGUUCAUAUGAGGACAGCUUCAUAGAUGAUGAUGCAAAUCCUACAUCGGCUGGUACACAAGCUGGUCCCAGUAAGACCGAUAUGAUGGCAAUUUACAGGAGAUCGUUGCUCAGUCAAUCUCCAUUUCAAGGGUUGCCCAACUUCGCCACAAACUUUAGUCCCGACUCUGUGUUUCAAAGUAGCAGGAUAAAUGAAAGUGGGAGCUCAUCAGGUAUGAAACACGAUCCUACUCCUCAAACUGGCUUAGAAUCAACUGCUAGGAACUCUCAGUUGGCAUGCCUUGAGAUCCCCUCAGAGAUGGCUGACAGCAAGCUGGAGAGCCGGAAAAGAAAACUGAGCUUCUAUCAAGCUCAAUCAGUACCCACAGUUAAUUUAGACAAGGAGUUCUCACUAAUUUCUGAAGCUCCAGGCAAAAACUCAGCCAUGCAGAUACAAGCAGAGAAGGCAGAGGAGAACAGGGACAUAUUUGAAGAUGAUCAGUUCUAUGAAGGCAUUGAUCUUGACGCUGUGGAAGAAGAAGCUGCUAAACUACUAAGGUACAAGACAGAUUGUUCUACGCAGCAAACAGCGAAUGUGUCUGAACCAAUUCAACACAAUCUUGGGGUUCUAGGCUCUCCCUCAUUUGAUCUUCGGUUCUGAUUUGUUUUGGGAUCAUAAAAUAAGCUGAUGAUUACAAGUUAUGUAUAGUCCUAAGGAUGGAAUGCUAAAAUGCAAAUGUAUUAAUUUAUUAUCAAUAGUCUCCACAAAGUUGUGAUGUAAAUAGAGUUGAUUAUUGUGGGGUUGCUAGUUAAUAGACGUGGAUUCUAAAACAAUUUUGGUUUUUUGACUUGAGUUGGAGGUUAUUGAUAUCCUUGUA